AUGGCGCCGGCGAUAGUUGAGCUGGGAUUAGUGCUUGUCGUCUUGUGGACUUCAGGGCUGCGGACUGUGUCCGGCUUGACGCUCGUCACUCACUUGCCGGGAUUCGACGGUCGCCUCCCCUUCGAACUGGAAACAGGGUGAGCCGCCCUUUCUCUCUUCCUGCUACAUUGCGGCCGAAUUUUGAGGAGAAAGAGAUCCCGGACGCCAGGUACAUCGCGGUGGACGAGUUGGAGGAGGUGAACCUCUUCUAUUACUUCGUCAAGUCGGAGCGGAGCCCGGCGGAGGACCCCCUUCUGUUGUGGGUGACCGGCGGCCCCGGCUGUACAGGUUUGACCGGAUUAGCGUAUGAAGUCGGUACGUUGAUAUCUUUGGCGAAGAAUCCGAGCCUUAACAAAACCUGAUUCGUUAUUCCUGGGUUCCCAUUUCACCUCUCGUCAUGAUUUUGAAUGGUCGCCUAAAAAGGGUUGCUUUGGAUCCUUCCUCAACACUUUGCGCCAAGAUGGUAAGUCUCGGAUGGGCGAUUGAUUUCGGGGCCUCUGGCCGACCCAACGGGCUUUAUCGGACGGCCUUCCGGCAUUAGACAGCAGUUUGGGCGUGCAGCCAUCCACGGAUUGACAAGAGAUUAUGAGCGAUUUUGCUGAACUCUGGCACUGUGCAGGCCCCUUCACUUUCGAUAUCAAGACUGUCGUGAAUGGGGAGCCUUGCAUGUCUUCCACGUCUUUUCGCGAAACGGCAUAAGCCUUACACGUCUCGAGGCACACCGCCUAGAGCUGUAACAGGUUGCUUAUUGCUUACGGUUAUUCCUUUUCUCCUUUUGUUGCUCCCUUAUUUAAAGAGGGCUGUAAGAGGUUUUCAAUGAGCGAGAUAGUCUUCCUUGUUCCUCCUGCCGGGUUUUUCCUGUGACUCAGAAGGUGAUCUCGCCGGCGACGUCUUAACUGCCGUCGUCUCUCCGGCGAGUUUCUAACAAGUGGUAUCAGAGCUCCCAGGUUGCGGGCCGGGACUCGAUCGCGGCAAGGUACAGCCGUUGGAAUCGAGAACGCGCAAUCGAGACGCGCUAUGGCAGGAGGAAAGGACGGAGUGGUCCAGAGGGUGAUUCGUGAGGUGAGCGCCGGGACCGGGUUCCCAAUGCUCACCAAGACCAACUACUCCGACUGGGCACUGCUCAUGAAGGUCAAGCUCAGAGCCCGGUUGCUCUGGACCGCCAUUGAGAAAGGGGGCGUCGAACCCCACGAAGACAUGCAGGCGCUUGACGCGCUCUGCAGCGCCGUGCCGCCGGAAAUGUGGCCGGUGAUCGCGAACAAGGAGACGGCCAAGGAGGCAUGGGAGGCUAUCGCCACCAUGCGGAUCGGCGAUGACCGCGUAAAGAAAGCGUCGGCUCAGAACUUGCGGCGGCAGUUCGACUCGGCGACGUUCAAGGAGGGAGAGUCUGUUGAGGACUACGCGCUGCGUCUCAACAGCAUGGCGUCGACUCUCAACACCCUCGGCGACAAGGUCGAAGAGACGCAGGUAGUGGAGAAGAUAAUCCGCAGUGUUCCCCAGCAUUUCAGGCAGAUCGUGGUCGCGAUUACGAUGCUGCUCGACGUGUCGACGCUCACUGUCGCGGAUUUGACGGGUCGGCUCAAGGCGGCGGAGGAUGCCUUCGAGGAACUGCCGUCGGCUAUGCACCACGACGGCAAGCUGCACCUGACUGAGGAAGAGUGGGAUGCACGGCGGAGGAAGCGUGAUAAUGAGAAAACUGGUGGUGGAGGUAGCAGCAGCGUGACGCACCGUGUCAGACAUGGGCGCGGGCGCGGGCGCGGCCGUGGCAGCGACAAGGGCUCGUCAUCAGGCGGCCUGACGGGCAACUCAGGCCGGCCCAGAGGUGAUGAGUGCAGGAGAUGCGGUAAGCUGGGCCACUGGGCCCGCGAGUGCCGCUCCAAGCCCAUGAAAGAGCAGGCCCACGUCGUCCAGAAUGAGGAGGAGGCCUCGCUCCUUCUCGUGAAGUCAACGACGGCCAGAUCGACGGUGCCGCCACCAACCUCCACUCCACCACAUUUUGCUGCGACUCCGCAGGCAGAGGAUCGGCUCCGGCGUGCAAGCCCACCGCCGCCGGGAGCAAAAGGGGUCCCCGUCAAUGGAGGGGCCGCCAAAGAAGAGCGGAAGCCAGGCGCCCAGACCCAGAUCCACCUGCGGGAAGAGAAGGUGUUUGCCCACCUUGAAGAGGAGGAGCUGCGUGAUGAGGAGGCGUGGGUCGUGGACACGGGCGCCACGAACCACAUGUCGGGUUCCCGUACAGCUUUCACCGAGCUGGACACGAAGGUACUUGGGACGGUGCGGUUCGGCGACGACUCGGUGGCGCGGAUCGAAGGCCGGGGGGCAAUCGUGUUCCUGUGCAAGAACGGCGAGCACCGGUCCUUCGCGGGGGUGUAUUACAUUCCCCGACUGACAACGAACAUCGUCAGCGUCGGCCAACUCGAUGAGGCCGGGUACCAUAUCGACAUCGAGAAGGGGGCGAUGAAGAUCCAUGAGCCAGGCGGACGGCUCCUAGCAAAGGUCAUGCGCGGAGAGAACAGGCUGUACAUUCUCCACGCCAAGCUGGUUCGGCAGGUGUGCCUGGAGGCGCGGGCAGUCGAAGAAGCUUGGAAAUGGCACGCGCGCCUUGGCCAUGUCAACAUGACCGCGCUGCGGAAGAUGGCUCGGGAGGAGCUGGUGCGCGGGUUGCCGGCGGUUGGUCCGGUGGACCAGCUGUGUGAGGCGUGUCUCGCUGGCAAGCAAAAGCGGUCGCCGUUCCCCCAACAGGGAGAGUACCAGGCGCGGCGUGUUCUGGAGCUGGUGCACAGCGACCUCUGUGGUCCGAUUGCGCCGGAAACGCCAAACGGCAGCAAGUAUUUCCUGCUGCUCGUGGAUGAUCGAAGCCGGUACAUGUGGGUGGCCAUGCUGCCUUCAAAGGACCGUGCUGCGGUGGCCAUCAAGGAGAUCAAGGCUCGUGCAGAAGGCGAGUCAGGACUGAAGCUGGGAGCGCUCCGUACUGAUCGGGGCGGCGAAUUCACCUCACAUGAGUUCGCGGAGUACUGCGCGGGAGAAGGUAUUCAUCGUGAACACACGGCGCCAUACAGCCCGCAGCAGAAUGGCAUCGUCGAGCGCAGGAACGGCACGGUGGUAGCAACCGCGAGGAGCAUGCUCAAGGCAAAGGAGCUGCCGGGCUGGUUUUGGGGAGAGGCAGUGGCAACUGCUGUAUACAUCCUGAACCGGUGUCCCACGAAGAGCGUGGACGGCAUGAUGCCUUUCGAGGUAUGACACGGGAAGAAGCCGGCGGUGCACCAUCUGAAGGUGUUCGGAUGCAUCGCCUACGUCCUGAACACGACACCGCAUCUCAAGAAGCUGGAGGACCGCGGCCGCAAGAUGAUCUUCAUCGACUACGAGUACGGAUCAAAGGCCUACCGAGCCUACGAUCCCACCGCGAGGCGUGUCCAUGUGACACGGGACGUGGUGUUCGACGAGAAUGCCCAGUGGGACUAGGGCAGCGGCGCGGAGCAAGGGGAUGCGAGCAGCCACGACGAUAUGUUCACAUUGGAGUAUGCCGUCGGGAACCAGGUACCUCCAGAGCUCGAUGGCGCCAUCGAGGUACUUGAUGAUGAUGCGCCGGGACCGGAGCCGAUGUCGCCACUGUCUGUGCACUACAGUGGGGGAGCAGCGCCGAUUGAAGAUGGAGGAGAGGAGGUGGAGUUCGCCUCUCCACCGAGUGUCCACAUCGACCACCUGGAUGUUAAUCACGAUGAUGUGCCACUCCGGUUCCACAAGAUCGACAACAUCGUUGGGCUGGCCUCGCCACGUGGUCUCGCGUCGCGGGCGUUAAUUGCAAAGGAGCUACACGCUGUAAGUUCUGAUGAGCCGGUCUCUUUUGUUGAAGCAGAGGGCCACCCGAGCUGGAGGAAGGCUGUGGAGGAGGAGAUGGCGUCGAUCGAGGAAAACCGCACCUGGUCCCUGGUAGACCUCCCACAUGGUCGCCGGGCGAUCGGGUUGAAGUGGGUGUACAAGGUGAAGCAGGAUGAAAACGGAGCCGUGGCGAAGUACAAGGCGCGCCUGGUGGUGAAGGGCUAUGCGCAACGCCAAGGGAUCGACUACGACGAGGUGUUCGCACCUGUGGCGUGGCUGGACACGGUGCGCCUUCUCAUUGCUCUCGUGGCGCACGAGGGGUGGGAGGUGCACCACAUGGAUGUCAAGUCGGCGUUCUUGAAUGGCGAUCUCAAGGAAGAGGUGUACGUGGAGCAGCCGGCCGAUUUCAUCAGCACGGGCAACGAGCACAAGGUAUUUAAGCUGAAGAAGGCACUCUACGGCUUACAUCAGGCGCCUAGGACCUGGAACGCGAAGUUGGACGAAACGUUGAUGUCGUUCAGAUUCAGGAGGAGUCCCUCGAAACAUGCCAUCUACACCAGGUGGAAUGGGGAGGCGCAGCUAGUGGUCGGGGUGUACGUCGAUGACCUGGUGAUCAUCGGCGCCAGCUGCGACGACAUCAAGCAUUUCAAAAAAGAGAUGGCUGACGCAUUCAAGAUGAGCGACCUCGGCUUGCUUCGCUACUAUCUUGGUAUUGAAGUCAGGCAGAGUGCGAGGGGCACCUUGAUCAGCCAAGGAGCCUAUGCCGCCAAGAUUCUAGAGAGGAGCGGGAUGGCAGGGUGCAAUCCUUGUCAAGUACCAAUGGCAACACGUCUGAAACUGAGCAAGAUGAGCACGGAGCCGCUAGUGGAUGCGACAGCAUACAGAAGCAUCGUGGGGAGUCUCAGGUACUUAGUCAAUACUCGUCCAGAUUUGGCAUUUGCAGUUGGCUAUGUGAGUCAUUUUCUAGAGGAGCCACGAAAGGAUCACUUGGCUGCUGUGAAGCAAAUUCUCCACUAUGUGGCGGGAACCAAGAGUUGGGGUCUCAAGUAUGAAAGGAAAAAGGAGAAGCAAGUCCAGCUGACAGGGUUCAGCGAUAGUGACUUCGCUGGUGAUGUUGAUGCUCGGAAGAGCACGACCGGAGUUAUUUUCUUCUUGGCCAACAGUCCAAUUACUUGGCAGUCAAUGAAACAGAAGGUGGUGGCUCAAUCUAGCUGCGAGGCAGAGUACAUUGCGGCCGCCAAUGCUGCCUGCCAGGGUGUGUGGCUCGCUCGGGUGUUAGCAGAGGUGCAUGGCUCAGCACCAAGCGUGCCGAUGCUGAAAGUGGACAACAAGUCUGCCAUAGCGUUGAUCAAGAACUCAGUUCUCCAUGGACAUAGCAAACACAUUGAAGUGAAGUAUCAUCUUGUCCGAGAAUCCGCAGAAAAGGGUCAGAUCAACAUGGAGUUCAUCAGGAGUGAAGAACAGUUAUGAGACGUUCUGACGAAGUCACUCGGAAAAGUCAAGUUCCAUGAGUUUCGCGCCAAGAUUAGGCUCGUUGAUGUUUGUGGUAAGUAUAGCAAGGCUCAGGAGGAGAUUGUCGUGAACGGGGAGCCUUGCAUGUCUUCCACGUCUUUUCGCGUAACGGCAUAAGCCUUACACGUCUUGAGGCACACCGCCUAGAGUUGUAACAGGUUGCUUAUUGCUUACGGUUAUUCCUUUUCUCCUUUUGUUGCUCCCUUAUUUAAAGAGGGCUGUAAGAGGUUUUCAAUGAGCGAGAUAGUCUUCCUUGUUCCUCCUGCUGGGUUUUUCCUGUGACUCAGAAGGUGAUCUCGCCGGCGACGUCUUAACUGCCGUCGUCUCUCCGGCGAGUUUCUAACAAAGACUUACGAGACCCGAAGGUUGCCCAGUCUGAUCUACCGAGAGGAGUCUUGGACGAGGGUACAACUAGUCAUUUCUUCUCGGUCUCCCUCUGUUCGUCACUCUCUACACUGACCUCUUGUUGUGACUUUUUUCCGGUAGAUCAGCAGCAUCAUCUUUGUGGAUUCGCCCGUAGGCACUGGAUUCUCAUACUCCAAGGCCGCCGAGGAAAAUGAAUGGUCGGACACCAAAACAUCAAGGCGUCUUGGCGUAUUCAUUAGGAAGGUGAUUCCAUCUUAUCACGGAGUCACAACACCGGACGGCGAUUUCCAUCUUUUUGCGUUUUUGGCUCACCCUCAUUCGCACCUCCGGUGGUGUAGUGGCUUGUGGAUCAUCCGGAGUUCAUCUCGAAUCCCUUCUAUAUUGCCGGCGAUUCAUACGGUGGGAAGUUGUGUCCCAUCGUCGCUCAGGAAGUAAUAAAUGGUACGAAGGUUUUCAUUUGGUUCUUUCUCGUUUUGGGCCUUCUUCUUUGACGCUCCUGUGGGAUGGAUGCAAAGGGGUGCUGCUCGAGAGCCCGGUCCGUUUUCGGUGCCUUGUAGAGUCCCUCGGUCAUCACAUGUGGCCACACCUUUCCACUCGUGGCAUUCCCUCUUUUAUUUUCUCUUCUUUUCUUUAGUGGACGGGUUGUCUACGACUCGCAAUCGAAAAACUCUUGCGCUUUCCGCCGAGGUGAUUCUCUUGGAAGUCAUUCAGGCGUAACCAUAUUGCAGGAAACGAGGCAGGAGCCAAGCCCCUCGUCAAUAUCAUGAUGAGGCUAUUAGAGAAGUCAACUUGUCUAAAACGAGCACCUACCAUGGUCGUAUAACUUGUAAAUUCUUGUCAUGACCCGUGUGCUGCGAGCUUUACAGGGGUAUUUAGUUGGAAACCCAGUGACCAGCGAGGGACGUUUUGAUAUGGGGUCGAAGAUUCCAUAUUCCCAUGGGGUGGGGUUUAUUUCCGACGAGCUGUACGAGGUGAAUCAUUCUGAGCCUAUUUGUGACUUAUGCAUUAACUUUGUUUUCGUUUGAGAGAAUGAACGGUGGAGAUAAUCAGCCGGACUGUGCCAGGGAUUUGGCAAGGCCACCCUGAGCCCAGCUUCCGAGGAAGACCUAGGUUGGCCUAUUUUUCCAUAUAGACUUUGUUUUUAAGGGCUUGGGGCUUGUCACCCCACGCGCAUUUAGAGCUCUACUGUAAGGUGCAGAGUUUUCCUUUAAUUACGUUACAAUGUCUUCAUUUUCCUCACGACACCUUAACUUUUGGAGAACCUCGGGGAUGGAUCAUAAGCGCAAAACUAUGUUCAUUUUUCUUUCGCACCUUUGGUAAAUUUACAGGCGACGAAGGCAAGCUGUGGCGGGGACUAUGUUACGCCUCGCAGUGUUCAAUGCGCCAAGUGUCUUGAGGCCGUAGCAGACGUGCGGGGCUCUUUGACUUUGUGCUGUGAUCAGCUUCGUUUAAUUCGUUCUUACCGUGGAGUUAUUUAUGAUGCCAGAACCUGAAGGCCCUUAAUGUGGAGUGUACUCUGGAACCUCUUUGUGUCUGGAGUUCUCCAGAGCCCAAGCAUUCCCCCCGAGAGGGGAGAAGCCUGGGUGAGGUUGAGAGACCUCAUCCGUUGUCCCUGCAGAUCUUAAGAGACAGAAGCAGCGUAUUAUUUCUCUGAUUCUCUCUAUUUGUGUCUCUCCCUGUUCCUCUCUCUCGUGUGGAUGGCUCUGGUCUGUGACACGACUUCCUUCGACAGCCUUUUGGAGAUUUGCCGGCCAAAUCAUGGGCGAACAGCGAUGCAGUGCGAGAAGCUCUUGGGGUCCGUAAGGUAAGGGUUCUCACUGUGGGAGGCGGAGCGGCCUAAUCCAACACCCAAGCUUGAUGGCUGCAAGGUUUGCAACAGGGAUGGACUGGUGAUUGGGUUAGAUGCCGAGGUGAUAUCCGGACCAACCGCACGAUUGAUAUUCCCAGCGCAGUUCCAUAUCAUCUCAACGUUACACGCAGAGGCUUUCGAGCUUUGGUGUACAGGUGGGAACACCUCUGGUGCGGUCAAAUUAUUUCCUUUUUUAUACACACACAUGCACACUAUGUUUACAUGGUUGCCUCAUGUACCGGACGAAACGAAGCUGAUUAUAGUCCUGUCCUUUCCCUCAAAGCAGUGGCGACCACGAUCUGUUUGUCAACUUUUUAGGGACACAAGCAUGGCUAAGAUCUCUCAACUACUCCAUCGUCCACGACUGGCGCCCUUGGUUGGUGAAUGGCCAAGCUGCUGGGUAUUUACCUAAACUUAUGCCCUCCCUUGGUUUCUUUCUCAAGGUGAUCUUUUCCGGGCUAAAUGGUAGCCAUUUGGCGUGAAUGAUUUCAGAUACACGAGGACUUACGCCAACAACUUGACGUUCGCGACAGUUAAGGCGAGAAUCCAUCCCCUUUGCUAUCUUCUCUUAGCUAAGUUAUUUGUGUGAGGAUGGAUGGAGGCACCAACUGGUGUGUAUUGUCAUCUUUGCCCCUUCUCUUCGUUCACGUAUUAACUCUGCAGUUUUUUUCAGGGUGCAGGUCACAUAGCUACCGAGUACAAGCCCAGAGAAUGUUGGGAUAUGUUUGAACGAUGGAUUUCAGGGCAGGCUUUGUGA